CCUGGAGGCGCGCGGCCGAGCGCGCUCACGUGCGCUGCUCCCCAAAGGCGUCGGAGGUGCGCCGAGAUUUAGCAGCAUCGAGCCACGCGUGGUUCACAGCGGCAGGGAGACACGUCGACACGCAAACAGCGCGAGGACGAGCUGCUUUUGACGCGCGACGGGAAGAAGACGAGAAACACGAGUGGUGACAGGAUGCUUUUCCAUCUGCUGUGCUCGGAUUGAUUGUGCGCAGGGCAUGAAGGGUUGUGCCUGCGAGGCCGUCCUGAGGGGAUCGUGCUGAAAUAAGACCCCUCCGUCGCAGUCUGGGGAAUAGAGGCAGUUGAGGAGGAGCUGCAGUGACGUUUUAGAAGAAGCUCUAUCUGCAGAGAUCGUAUCAGGCUGUCAGUGCGGAGUAAUGCUGGAGGCUGCGGGGCUGCAGUGUGCUGUGGGAAGUUCCUGAGAGGCAGAGUGGCAGGCGCGCACACAGAGAGACACUUGUGCCCGAAAAACGCGGACUGACGCUCUUUUCACCGGAGGAUAUAAAACGCGGCCUCUCGCCUCCGCCUCUUUGCACGGGCGCGUUCGCUGUGGCUGCACCUCAGGGAUUUGAAGGAGGCGGGCGACCGGAGCCAGGAGGGGAGUGAUGGUGGCGUCGUGGCCGCCUCUGGAGGGGACCUGGCGGGCCGUCCUGCUGGUGACUGGACUGGCAUGGCUGAGCUGCGGGUCUGAUGCCAACAUGUUGGACACCAUGCUACUGAAGAACGGGUGGAAGGGGGGAUCGGAGCGGGAGGCGGCGGAGAGCGGCAGCGCCGCCCCCGCGUUGGCUCAGAACAUGCUCCGCUGUCACUGCUACCACCACUGCCCAGAGGACUCUGUCAACAAUACCUGCGUCACUGAUGGCUAUUGCUUCACCAUGGUGGAGGAGGAGGAGGAGGUGGGUGUAGCAGUACUCACUGCAGGUUGCUUGGGUCUUGCCGGCUCCGAGUUCCAGUGCAGAGACACGUGGAACGCUCGUUUGAGGAGAGCUGUCAAGUGUUGCACGGAUCAGGAUUAUUGCAACAGAGAAUUGCAUCCUACGCUUCCUCCACUCGUGACAUCAGAUUACGUUGACAGCGGCAUCCAGUACAUGGCUCUCUUCAUUUCAAUCACAGUUUGCAGCAUCAUCCUUGGCCUCAUCCUGGUUUUCUGCUGCUUUAGAUAUAAGCGCCAGGAAUCCCGGCCGCGCUACAGUAUCGACCUGGAGCAGGAGGAGACCUUCAUCCCCCCUGGGGAGUCCCUGAAGGACCUGAUGGAGCAUUCCCGCAGCAUCGGCUCCGGGUCGGGGUCAGGACUCCCCCUACUGGUGCAGCGCACAAUCGCCAAACAGAUUCAGAUGGUUAAGCAGAUUGGGAAAGGGCGAUACGGAGAGGUCUGGAUGGGCAAGUGGAGAGAGGAGAGAGUGGCUGUUAAGGUCUUCUUCACCACGGAAGAAGACAGCUGGUUCAGAGAGACCGAAAUAUAUCAGACCUUCCUGAUGAGACAUGAAAAUAUACUGGGAUUCAUAGCAGCAGAUAUUAAAGGAACCGGCUCGUGGACUCAGCUCUACUUAAUUACAGACUACCACGAGAAUGGGUCUCUGUACGACUACCUCAAGUCCAACACCUUGGACGUCAAGGCUCUGCUGAAACUGGCCUACUCCUCCAUAUCAGGCCUCUGUCACCUGCACACGGAGAUCUACGGCACACAGGGGAAACCAGCCAUCGCACACAGAGACCUGAAGAGCAAAAACAUCUUGGUGAAGAAGAACGGAUUCUGCUGUAUCGCAGACCUCGGACUGGCUGUCAAGUUCAACAGUGACACCAACGAGGUGGACUUCCCUCCCAACCUACGCGUUGGUACGAAGCGCUACAUGCCCCCCGAAGUGUUGGAAGAGACCCUGAACAAGACCCAGUCCUUCAUAAUGGCUGACAUGUACAGUUUUGGCCUCAUUGUUUGGGAGAUGGCCCGACGUUGCAUUUCAGGAGGCAUUGUGGAGGAGUACCAGCUGCCCUACCACGACCUCGUGCCCACAGAUCCAUCCUAUGAGGACAUGAGAGAAGUUGUCUGUAUUAAGAAACAAAGACCUUCAUUUGCUAACCGUUGGACGAGUGAUGAGUGCUUACGGCAGAUGGGGAAACUGAUGUCUGAGUGUUGGGCUCACAACCCAACGUGUCGCCUCACUGCCCUCCGGGUGAAGAAGACUCUGGCGAGAAUGUUAGAGACCCAAGACGUCAAAUUGUGACAGAAAGUUGAGAGAAACGCUCUCAUCACCAGAGACUUGUCACUGCCACUGGCACAGCGCCACUUACACUGGCUGAUAAUAAUAAUAAUGGGGUCGUCGUGGCGCAGGGGGGUAGAGAGGGUGUGCUGGGAAGCACAAGGUUGGUGGUUCGAGUCCUGACUGCCUCAUGUUCCAUGUCGAAAGUGUCCCUGAGCAAGACACCUAACCUCUAAUUGCUCCCCGGGAAAAAUGUAAAAAGCCACGGGUUAAAAAUGUAAUGUAAGUCGCUUUGGAUAAAAGCGUCAGCUAAAUGACCUGUAAUGUAAUAAAAAAAAAGGAGGGGCAGCGAGGACAAGCGAUAGUGGACAGGGAGCCGGAAAAGUGAGAGGAUAAAGAUUUAUUUUUUUGUCAGGGCAGACGUUCCCACACAUCGUAUGAGCCGCCUCGGCCUCCGGUUUUGCUUUCCGUGAAAGCUGAGUGGUUGUCAGGUCCAAACUGCAGACGGGGACCGUCGGGGGAGACGAGCACUAGUGUCCGGCUGCUUGGUUCUAAACAGAGGAAGCCUUUUGAAGCCAUAUGUGCAGUCUUUUGUACUGUCACAGCUCUCUCGUGUUUCUUUUGUGGCACUCGUCCAUCAGAAGAAGUGUGUAAUUCACGACCAGUGACCUCAUGUUCAGUUUUAUUAUUGAUGUUAUUGUUGUUAUAAUUAUUACAGAACUAGGGCGAGUAAAAUAAUGGCAAAACGUGGGCAGCAAAGCAGAGCUUUCGUAAUAGUGUUCAUAUGCACAUUUAGAUCAGUGUUAAUAAAACAAUCUUGGCACAAAACACUUGAUGAAUUUAGGAAUUAUUCAUUUUCCUUCAGAGCGCGGCUUUGCUCUCCCUCAUUGUCUAUUCCACUAACAAUUCAAUUGCAUAUGAUUCAGCUGACAUCUAUUGAUGGCUGGAUGUUAAAAUGUAUAGUUGAUGAAUUAUCUGUGUCCAGAAUAUGUUCCGCUCACUUUUACCACUGUGGCAUGUGCCUUAUUUAAUCUGUACAUAUGUGAUUGAUGAGUGUAUGAGUGGAUCUGGAUAACAUUCCUGAAUAAAAUGACUAUGCAUCUCAA